UCCUGUGAAAACGGACUAUAGAAUGAACUUCCACCGGCUGGUUGUUUUACUGGGAGCUUCAGUGUGUGUGUGCGAUGGCGUGCACGUCACAGUGCGGGAGAAGCAGCGGUUUGCUAUGCUCUUCCAGUCGGUCGUCCUGCCGUGCCAGUACCAGACGGGCUCCAUCCAGACGCCGGUGGUGCAGUGGUGGUACAAGUCCUACUGCAGGGACCGCACCAGGGAGUCCUUCAGCCUGCCGGAGACUCUGGGCUACAAGGCCUCCGAGCUGGGAGCCACGUCCCACCUGGAGUGCUCCGACAGCAGCCGCACCGUUCGGAUCGUGGCGUCGGCGCAGGGACAGUCCAUGACUCUGGCCGAGCACUACAAAGGCAGAGACAUCGCCAUCGUAAACAAAGCAGACCUGCGUAUCGGAGAGCUGCAGUGGGGCGACAGCGGAGUCUACUUCUGUAAAGUUGUCAUUGCAGACGAUCUGGAGGGGAAGAACGAGGCCCAGCUGGAGCUACUGGUGCUCGGCAGGACAGGUGAGCGGGACGAUCUUCUACCUGAGUUUGAUGUGGAGAUUAUGCCAGAAUGGGCGUUUGUGGGAUCUGUGGUCCUGGGCAGCAUCUUGUUCCUGCUGCUGUUGGGGAUCUGCUGGUGCCAGUGUUGUCCUCACUCCUGCUGCUGCUACGUUCGCUGCUGCUGCUGUCCGGACACAUGCUGCUGUCCUCGACACCUGUAUGAGGCGGGGAAGAUGGCGAAGAGUGCUCAGCCGGCUCAGGUCCCGGUGUAUCCCUACUACAUCCCUGGUGUGCCCACUGUGGUUCCUCUUGCUCCUUCAUCCCACAUGGACCCAAAGAUCUCCUCGAUUCCCUCUGUGGAGAAUAACCUGGCUGGUGUGCGCAGUGGUUAUCGACUGAAAGCCAGUCCAGACCAGGACUCAAUGAAAGUUCUGUACUUCAUAGAGAAGGAGCUGGCUCAGUUUCCAUCCCACAAGAUGGCUGCACUCAAACCCUGCAGCUUAUCAGAGCUGAGCUCUCUUCAUGACGGAGGAAACACAGAUUUCAGACACACCUACCAGACGGUCCAGAUGAAGGCGCUGCCGCCCAUCGCUGACCUGGACGACCAGCUGAGAGCAGCUCCACCUGCUCAGAGCAGAAGACCCAGACGAGACCGAGGAAACCUGUCAGACGAUGAGCUGGACCGCAGGUGGAACCCUCGCUCAGACCUGCAGAGAAAGACGUUGAGCCGAAGAGGGCGAACUGUCCUGGACGAGCUGGAGGAAUUCGCUCGUUCUUACGGCUCUCGGUGUCGGGCCGAGCCUCCGGACCGGUCCUGUGAGCGGGACUACAGCCCUCCCAGGCGUUUCUACAGGGACGAGGACGACGGCUGGGGUCACCGCAGCCCCUCGCCGUUACCUCAGAAGAGAAGGGACACAUGGGACAGCGACCGGCCUUUUGGACCGCCUCAGAGCAGAGGCUACGACGACGCCUUCCUCACCAGCGUGCUGGAGAGCAAGGCGAGGGGCCGGCCCGGCGCUGGGAGGCUGGACGAGGACAGCGACACUCCCUCUAAGGGCAGCUCCAGGGGAAAGGACAGCUACUACAGCCCCCCCAGCAACCGUCCAGAAGACGAGGACCCUCUGCCUCCGUACUCUGAGCGGGAGGCCGAGCGGUACCGCAGGAACGACCUGACAGCAGACGGUACCGGCACGGCAGAUCCUCCCCGAUCAGACAGAUACAGGAGCAGUGAAGCAGCCUCCAGGCCCUUCUCCUACACUCGGCCCCAUAAGGGGACGUCCCAGACACUACAGGGGCCCCGAGAGGACAGAGACCGGAGCCGGAACCUGGUGAGUUACUUGUAGCAGGAACAAGGACUUCCUUCCUCUCUGCUCCUCAGGAAAGCAGCUUCUGAAUCCUGUCAAUACUCAGGAUAAAUGUGGCCACAUCUUUUAUUUUCUUAUUGUCAGUAAAUACUGUGAGAGCUCCCAAAACCAGCAAUGAACUGAUCGUACUAGCCACUAUUCUCUGUGGAGGAUAAAUACUAAAACACUGUUAAACAACACUGAGUCACAUGUAGUGUGAAAUGUGUAGUUUGAAUUUGUGAACUGCAAACAGUUUCUGGGCUUUUAGAAUUAGAAUAGAAUGCCAUUUAUUGUCACUAUACACAAGUACAAUGAGAUUUAGAGCAUCUCCAUCAGUGCAAGUUUCUGUCACAUUUUUACUCACUCUGGGCUCAUUUUUCACAGCAGGAACUUGUACAAUAGUGAGCAAACAUGUCGUCUGUUUCAGCAGGAUAUGAUGUCGUAAACCACAACCAAAGAAAAGAAACAACAGUAGACUGUGAGUGUUUAAUACUCGAGUCACUAAUAAU